AUGAUUUCUGCCAAGGAGUUUCAUGAUCAAUGCAAAGUAGUUCUAUUAGGCGCAGCCAAUUCAGGCAAAACGACAACCCUUAGGCAGCUAAUAGACGGAGAAUUCCUUGAAAGCUCCCCUACUUUAGGAACAAAUCUUAGCAUUUAUGAAUGUCGAGUAAAGAACGAAAAAAUCAAGUUAAAUAUAUGGGAUACAGCAGGUCAAGAAACAUAUCGUAAACUUGCAAAAAUAUAUUACAGAGAUUGCAAUGUGGCUCUAGUAUUUUUCGAUGUUACAUCAAAAGAAUCAUAUCAAGAUGUAAAAUAUUGGAUUUCAGAAUUGGAUUCAUGCGGACCUCCAUAUUAUGAAACAAUUAUUGUUGCAAAUAAAGUUGAUCAAGAGAGAGAAGUAACAUCUGAUCAAGGAUCAGAAUUAGCACGUAGAUCAAAAGCCUGCUACAUGGAAAUCAGUGCUAAGACCGGUCAGAAUGUAAAGAAUCUGUUCAACCUUGUUGCAUCAAAGUUUUACCAGAUAAAAGAUGAUUUGACAAAGAACAGAAGAUUGUCAUAUGUAAGUGAAUGCAGCCCUAAUCGCAAAUCAUCCUGCUGUUAA